AUGGUACUUAAAUUGGACAUUAGCAAAGCAUAUGACAGGGUGGAGUGGGAUUUUCUGAGGGCUGUUAUGUUGAAGCUAGGGUUUGCGGAGGAGUGGGUGAAUUUAAUUAUGAAGUGUGUUAAUUCGGUGUCCUUCUCGGUACUUUGGAAAGGACAACCGGUGGGGUGUUUCAAACCAACGAGAGGAAUACGUCAAGGAGAUCCAAUUUCUCCAUAUCUUUUUCUCUUUGUUUCUGAAGGGCUUUCAGGGCUUCUUCAUCAUGCGGAUUCUACGGCUCUUCUUAAUGGAGUGAGAGUGGCCCCCAAUGCACCUUCCAUAUCACACCUGUUAUUUGCAGAUGAUAGUCUCUUCCCUAAUGUCUCUGAGGAUGUGAAGAAGGACGUGCAAGCGAUAUUAGAUGUACCACUAGUUGAUUUUCAUGAGAAGUACCUGGGGUUGCCAACAACAAUUGGCAGGAACAAGACGGAUGUUUUCAAGAAGCUGAAUGAAAGAUUAGAUGUUCAUCUCCAAGGGUGGCAAGGAAAGUUCCUCUCAAAAGCGGGUAAGCUUGUCCUAAUUAAAGCUGUAGCUCAGGCUAUUCCCACUUAUUAUAUGAGUGUUUUCCGGUUACCUGUUGGAGUUUGCAAAAAAAUUCAAUCUAAGCAAGAAGGAAGACGGUGGACUGGGAUUCCGGGACUUGAGAGCAUUCAAUCAAGCUAUGCUGGCAAAAACGAUUUGGAGGAUAUUUUGGGGAAAGCAUUCUUUGGUAAGUUCUUUGCUUCAAGCUAA